AUGACAACAAUCAUUGUCAGCAUUGCAGCUGAACGGUUCGGCGAGGAGGAGAAGAGAAGCUCCGGAACCACGUACUCAAAGAACCACAGAGCUAUAAGGAUCCAUAAGAUUAGGCAGGAGAUGAAAGCGCUGAAGUUCCAGUACAAGGCGGCAGGACAUGAGGAACGCACUGGCCUGGCCCAGCUGAUGUGCAUCCUUCGUAAAAAGAUCAGAAUUCUCCGUCGGGCAGAGUGGCAUCGGAGGCGGCGACGCGAGAGGGCACGUAAACGUGCUGCUUUCAUCGCUAACCCCUUCAAGUUCACGAAGGAUUUGCUGGGACAGAAGCGCAGUGGCAAACUGGCCUCCUCGCAGGAUGACAUAGAUCAACAUCUGAAGCAAACGUACAGUGACCCCGCAAGAGAGCAGGAGUUGGGAGAGUGUAACAACCUCAUAGACCCCCCUGAACCAGAAUUGCAGUUUGAUAUGUCGGAGCUGCAGCUAAAGGAAGUCAGGGAGGUUGUCCGCAGAGCAAGGGCAAGCUCUGCACCGGGACCGAGCGGCACUUCAUACAAAGUGUAUAAGAACUGUCCCAAACUCCUGCAGCGACUGUGGAAAAUCCUGCCAGUCUUCUGGAGAAGGGGGAGGAUCCCUGAGCAAUGGCGAGUGGCGGAAGGGGUAUGGAUCCCAAAGGAGGAAAACUCCACUCAGCUGGACCAGUUCCGCAUCAUCUCCCUGCUGUGCGUUGAGGCAAAGGUUUUCUUCAGCGCUGUUUCCAAACAACUGUGUACCUACCUGGCAAAGAACACCUACAUCGAUACAUCUGUCCAGAAAGGCGGCAUUUCAGGAAUGUCAGGAUGUAUGGAGCAUACCGGUGUGGUGACGCAGCUCAUUCGGGAGGCUCGAGAGAACAAGGGCAACCUAUCAGUACUGUGGCUUGACCUGGCAAACGCAUUCGGCUCCAUUCCGCACAAGCUCGUUCAACUCACUCUGAUGAAACAUCAUGUACCCAGCAGGUGUAGAGACCUCAUUGCUGAUUACUACAGCAAUUUCAGGAUGAGGGUCUCUUCCGGACCAACAACAUCCAGUUGGCACAAAGUGGAGAUUGUCAAGAGCUUGGGCAAGGUUUUUGACUGCUCUUUGAGAGACACAACCUCCAUCCAGUCGACAUGCGCUGAGUUGGAUGGCUGGCUGAAAUCCGUGGACAAGUCAGGCUUACCUGGGAAGUUUAAAGCCUGGAUUUACCAGCAUGGCAUUCUUCCCAGGAUCCUGUGGCCCCUCCUCAUCUACUCGUUCCCCAUCUCGACAGUUGAGAUCCUAGAACGGAGGGUCAGCAACCACCUCCGGAGAUGGCUGGGACUACCUAAGAGCCUGAGUAGCAUUGCACUCUAUGGGAACAGCAACAAACUGCAGUUGCCUUUCAAAUCCUUGGAGGAGGAAUUUAAGGUAACUAGAGCCAGAGAAGUGGUACAGUACAGGGACACAAGUGAUCCGAAGGUGGCCAAAGCAGGGAUCCAAGUGAGGACUGGCAGGAAAUGGAGGGCAGAGGAAGCCGUUCAAGAGGCAGAUGCAAGGCUGCGACACAGGAGCCUGGUUGGAGCAGUCACACGGGGUCGAGCUGGGCUAGGAUUCUUUCCAACUCCCCAACUGAACACUAGGGGGAAAGAAGGCCGACGUCUUGUUCAGGAUGAGGUGAGAGCGGCAGUGGAGGAGACAAGAACCUGCAAAGCUGUUGGAAUGAAGCAACAGGGAGCUUGGACAAGAUGGGACAAUGCGGUUGAGAGGAGAGUGACCUGGGCUGAGAUUUGGAAAGCCGAGCCGCAACGCAUCAAAUUUGUCAUCCAGGCAGUGUAUGAUGUGCUCCCAAGCCCUUCAAACCUGCACACAUGGGGCAUAGCAGAGACACCAGCAUGCCCACUGUGCUCCAAGCGAGGAACCCUGGAACAUAUCCUCAGUUGCUGUACAAGGGCACUUGGAGAUGGAAGGUACAGGUGGAGGCAUGACCAAGUCCUUAAGACCAUCGCUGAAGCCAUUAGCACAGGACUGGCAUUGGCAAAACAGUUCCACCCCUCCAAGAAAACCAUCGCCUUUGUCAGAGCUGGGGACACGCCAACUCCUGCUAGUAGAACAUCAGCAGGCAUCCUGACGUCUGCAAAAGACUGGCAGUUGUUGGUGGACCUUGAAAACCAGCUGAAGUUCCCCAGCCACAUCGCAGUCACCACCCUGCGACCAGACAUUGUCCUUGUGUCUGAGUCCACCAAACAAGCUGUGUUGCUGGAGCUGACAGUCCUGUGGGAAGAUCGCCUGGAAGAAGCCUUCGAGAGGAAGCUCUCCAAGUAUGCGGGACUGGUCAGCGACUGUCAACAGGCUGGUUGGAGAGCAAGGUGUUUCCCUGUGGAGGUUGGAUGCAGAGGAUUUGCAGCCCGUUCCUUGGUCAGAGCCUUCAGCAGUUUGGGUAUCGAUGGAGAGAGAAGGAGGAGAGCCAUCCGCAGUACCACCGAAGCGGCGGAAAGGGCCUCGAGAUGGUUGUGGCUCAAAAGAGGAGAUCCUUGGAGUCAUGGUAGCUAGCGAGCCGUCUGGACACAAGCCGGGGGAUUUGAUCACCCCCGGUUGGGUCGCUUGGAGGAGGGCGUAUGACCAGUUGAGAGACCCGAAACGCCCGGUGAAUCCAAGAGGUCACUGAGGAUGUGUCCAGACUAAGCAUCAGUAGAUGUAUGUACAC